UCCUGUUAUUUGUGGUAAUACUACCGGUGCUGGGGGCUGUCCCAGUGAUUAUAUCUGUUUACCAGAUAUUGGUGAAAACCCUAAUAACGGUUAUACAAAUUACGAUCAUUUUGGUUGGGCUAUGCUGAAUGCCUUUCAGUUGAUUACACUGGAUUUCUGGGAAGAUAAUUAUGAUAAGGUAAUAAGAGCAAGUGGUCCGUGGAAUGUCGUGUUUUUUGUGUUGGUCGUAUUUUUUGGAUCGUUUUAUCUGAUCAAUCUGAUGUUAGCCGUUGUCGCUCUUUCAUACGAGGAAGAAGCAGAGAGUGCAGGAAAGGAACGUGAAAGAGAAAGAGCUGGUGAAAGAAAGAAAAAACCCAACCCACUUUAUGACGUAGCCAUUAUAUCAGUGGCCAACAAACGUAAACAGAAAAAUCGCGAUAAUAAAGAAUCCAAACUAGAACUUGAUAAACGGAGAGGCUCUCAUUGGCCAAAAAUCAGUACCGUAAAUCCUAAAUUCAGUCCCGUGAAUCCAAAUAAACCAAUGAUAAAGAAGCCAAGUAAAGAUAGCGGAUUCUCAGAAAAUAUGAAAGGAACUCGAAAAGUCAUCCGACAUUCUGACAGCCAGGAUAAAUUAGACUCGGACAUGAUGAGCAUGAGCAGUGGAUCCGAAACAAAGGGGAAACCUAAAAACAUCUUGCGUAAAAUCUUGAUCAAACAAGAUAGUGCUGGAAACGUAUCAUCCUCGAGUGUUUUAUUGGAGAGAAAAUCUACUCUUGGUGAAGGAAGUAUGGUGUCGGACUACAGUCAGGAUACAUCCGGAUCCGUUAUACUCAGGGCGGAUGAACUCGAAGAUCCUGAAGAUAUGGAGUACCACGGACAAGUCCUCGAUAGGAAUUGUUUCUGUUGUUCAACAUGUUGGCGAUGUGGCUAUAAUCCAUGGGUCCGUUUCCAAGGUUACAUCUUCCGAUUUGUGUCAGACCCUCUCUUCGAUCUAUUUAUAACACUGUGUAUUAUAUUAAACACCGUUCUCAUGGCAACCGAACAUCACGAGAUGUCCACAUUAACAGCAGAAGUCAUCAGAAUCGCCAACUAUGUAUUUACUGUGGUAUUCACACUAGAAGCAAUAUUAAAGAUAACAGCAUUCAGUAAAUAUUAUUUUAAAUCUGGAUGGAAUGUGUUUGAUCUGGUGAUUGUUAUUGCUAGUUUAAUAGAUCUGGGAUUAGAGGACAUUGAUGGCUUGUCUGUUUUCAGAACAUUUAGAUUGGUAAGUCGUUUUGUCUUCUCUCUUUGA